UUCUUCUGUAUUUUUGCUAUUCGUGUAGUGUUGCUGCCAGCCAUCUUUUACAGAUCGUUCUGUCUGGAAAAAUGGGAGGCCAGGACAAGCUUUUGCAGGGCAGAUGGGCCCUGGUGACCGGCGCAACAGGCGGGAUAGGCCGCGCGAUCAGCUUGGCCUUUGCAGAACACGGUGCCAACCUGUGGAUCAGUGGGAGGAAUGAGGAGAAGCUGAAGGACACUGCAGAGGAUGCCAAGGCUCUAGGGGCGGCUGAGGUUAUUAUCCUGAAGGUUGACCUGGCUGCCAGCAAGGCAGUGGACGAGCUGGCUGCGAAGGUCACUGACAAGAUUGAUAUCCUGGUCAACAACGCUGGACUUGCUGUGGAAGCUGCCGCAAUGAAAGGCGAUCCAGAUCAGUGGGAGGAAAAGAUGAUGCAGCUGGACCUGCUGGUGCCCAUGAGGCUGACGCGAAGGAUUGCUCCUGCGAUUAGUAAGCGCCAGGCGGGCGGCCACAUCAUCAACAUCUCCUCUGUGGCUGGUAUUGAGGCGUUGCCUGGCAUUGGAGGCUACAAUGCAGCCAAAUUCGGGCUCACUGGAUGGUCCAAGUCCAUACAGCAGGAGCUCAAGGAGCACAACGUGCGAGUGAUCACCAUCUACCCAGGCUAUGUUGCCUCUGAGAUGACAGCGGAUGCGCCGGUGUCUCAGGACAAGAUGAUCCGCCCGGAGGACAUUGCACAGGCGGCUCUGCUGCCCUUCCGCAUGUCUCCCUACGCCUGCCCCACCGACAUCGUUGUCCGCCCAGCGCAGAAGCUCUCUCGAGGGGCCUAGAAACAAUCAAAUUAAGGGUCUUAUCCAAGACAUAUAAGGCAGAAUGCCAAACAUGCAUAUGCAUAGCAGCAGCAUUGUGCGGAUCAUUCAAGAUGCCAUCUGGACGCGUCCUUUUCAGAAGCAGGCAAAAGAAUUGGGAAAGUGGUGAACGAGCAGAGCAGCCAGUACAAGCGAGGUCUGGGCUGGUCCGGGAAAGUCACAUGUGGUUACAAGUCUUGCACAUGUUGCAGAUCAAUGGCAGAAUCUGGAGCAAGUCUGUUCUUCUCAAUGCGGCAGUGAUCUCAAAGCAAGCAGGGACAAAUUGUCUUCAAGGCAAGCUUGUCAUCUGCUGCGAGAAAAGGAAACAUCAAUGAACUUUCUGGGCCGCCCUUCGAGGGUGAAUUACGUAAUGACACUGAAGACAGGGUGGUGAUGUGCCAUCACUUCCGCUAAUGAAAUGUUCCAGAGUCCACAUGUGUGAAAGAGUGGCUCACUGUUCAGCCAUCCCAAGCUCCUCAGCUGCAGCACCCAUUCCUUUGCACCACUGAUUGAAAUUUAAUAUUGGGCUAUCAAGACUGCAAUCCAAAUUCCUAUCAUUUCUUUUUGCAAGCAUUGGAGGCAUCGUCUACCCAUUGCAUAGCACCCACACCAGCUCCGCAAAUGAUGCUCUCGGCGUCCCUGCAUCUCAAGCUAUGCUCUGGAUCCGGGCUUCUUCUACUCACAAAACAUGAGCGCUCUCCGCAGCUGCAAAUGCAGCGCCUCAGCUUUGAAGCGGCUGAGCAAGCCCCCAUUGGUGCCAAGAAAACUUCGCCCCAUCCAUUACAGACACUUGCCCCGGCCAGACUGGCAGAUGAGCUUCAAGUCCAUACAGCUCCUGCGGCAUGUGUUGCUGAAAGGGUGGACCACGUGGGCGGGUGAAGCCAACUCAGGCCAUGCCCCGGGCUGUCACACAUGAGAAGCUCGCUGCCAGAGACUGCAGCAUCUUCCCCCAAGGCUGCACUCACUUUUUGCAGCCUUUUCCCUGGCACAAAAAAUGGUGUGGCCAGCUCAGGCCUUGGCGGGGGCCGGCACAGGCGGCUUGACGGAGACAGCCACAUUGCGAGCCUUGGCUGCGAAGAGUGCGCCCUUGAAGCGGGACAGGUCGGAGCCGUUGGGGCGCGCAAAGCUGAAGUUGAUGAGCGAGAUUGUCUUCUCCCACUCCGUGUCCCCUUCUGGGCCCGCCACAGUCACCUGCUUCUCGGCCGACCUGUUCUCCUGCGACCGCUUGCCCUUCACGCUGUUG